AUGUUAUCCUGCUUCGUCUGGCUCACCCUCCCCGACUUGGUUAACGCCUUCGUGAUCCCCGGAAAGGUGCCCCUCAACGGGAGCUUGGAGAAGACUUCUGCGGUCCCGAACGCGUCGGGUCUCUUUUCCUGGGAUAACGAGAGCCUGGCCGACUGGCGGAGCUUUGUGGACAGGAGCCGGUACGGAGCGGAGUCGCAGAGCGCCACGGUGAAAGCCCUGCUCAUCGCGGCGUACUCCUUCAUCAUCGUCUUCUCCCUCUUCGGCAAUGUCCUGGUGUGCCACGUUGUCAUCAAGACGAGGCGCGUGCACUCCGCCACCAGCUUGUUCAUCGUGAACCUGGCCGUAGCCGAUCUCAUGAUCACGCUGCUCAACACGCCUUUCACGCUGGCUCGUUUUGUGAACAGUACCUGGAUCUUUGGGAAGGGGAUGUGCCAUGUCAGUAGGUUUGCACAGUACUGCUCCCUCCAUGUCUCUGCCUUGACCCUUACAGCCAUUGCUGUGGACAGGCACCAGGUUAUAAUGCACCCCUUGAAACCUCGCAUAUCUACUGGAAAAGGAGUUCUCUACAUCUCUGUAAUCUGGAUCAUGGCAACUUGUUUUUCCCUACCGCAUGCUAUCUACCAAAAGCUCUUUACCUUUGAAUACAGUGAGGAUGUCACCCGGUGCCUGUGUCUGCCAGAUUUCCCUGAGCCUGCUGACCUCUUUUGGAAGUACCUUGAUUUAACAACCUUCAUUUUGCUCUACGUCUUGCCCCUUCUGAUCAUCUCCGCUGCCUACGUGACGGUGGCAAAGAAACUCUGGCUGCGCAAUGUCAUCGGGGACGUCACCACGGAGCAGUACUUUGUCCUUCGCAGAAAGAAUAAGAAGACCAUCAAGAUGCUGAUGCUCGUUGUCGUCCUCUUCGCGGUUUGCUGGUUCCCUUUGAAUUGCUACGUCGUCCUCCUCUCCAGCCAGACCAUCCACACCAACAACGCCCUGUACUUCGCCUUCCACUGGUUUGCAAUGAGCAGCACCUGCUACAACCCCUUCAUCUACUGCUGGCUCAACGACAGCUUCCGGUCGGAACUAAAGGCUUUGCUCAACAUGUGCAGAAAACGCCCCAGGCCCACGGAACAGAGGCUUCCCUCCGCAGUCCCAUCCUACCGACCGGCUUGGCCAGAAAACGGCAGCUUCAAGAGGACGCAGGCCCCCCAUGUCUUUCCGCCGUCCUCCACCCUGCAGUCGGGGAAGACAGACAUCUCUGCAGUUGAGCCAAUAGUAGCUGCGAGCUAAACGGUGACCUUGGACUGCACAUAGAUUUGGCAAGGGCUAAAAUGGUGGGAAGAUGUGGAGCCCUGGCCACACAACAGGUGAUAAAACCAAGGAGGAGGUUCUGCAGGAGGCAGUAUGAUAGAGCUGCAUGUUUGAUGCAGGCUGGUGACAAUGGUGUGGAGACCCUAGAAGGGAGAAAGUAAACCCUUCCCAGGAGGGAACUUUAGUCUUUGUCAGGGUGACUUUGGACCGGCUCGCAGGAUGGGAUUCUCUGCAUAUGUGUUGCUGUUACCUGCAUGACUAAGACUUUUCAGAACUAGGACUGUGCAUGUGUUUUGCUGGUACUUAAACAACAGUCUCAUCACAUUAGAUCUCCCUUCCCCUCUUCUGAGUCUCCUCGUAACAACGUGGAAAUGGCAGAGAUGUAGACCUUUAGGUUGCUAUCUGAGAUCCAGUGCAACUGAGUAGGAAAGUAUCUUUUCUGAAUUGGGGUCUGAAAAGUCAAGACCUGUUCAGAAGGAGUGAACAGAUCUAUUCCUUGUUUGUUUGGUUGUUUGUUUGUGUGUGUGUGUAAAUAUACUUAGAGAAGUGGAGGAUAUGAUAGACAUAGAGAAGGUUCCUGUGAUGUAAGAGACUCCUAUUUAUCAAAGUUAGAUUUGAAAAAGAGUGGAAGCCUAUUCUUCAAGUAAGUAGAUGUUUUUUCUUCAAAUAGAUUACUAAACCAAAAAAAACGUACAAAAAGGUGGACAUGCCAUUCACAGUUGGACAAUGGAUAAUUAAGUGCUACUGUGGAAUUGGACUAGAACCAAUUCCAUUGUCGAGUUGCUGCUAAUGGAUCACACAGUUUGGCUUUUUAACUUGCCUUUGAAUAUUGCU